AUGGCAUCCCAGCCCCUCCACUUCGAGCCAAACAGCCUUUACAUUAUCCUCCUGGACCUGGGCGCCGCCUGUCUUUUCGAGUGGCAAUUAUAUCUAGCUUCAACUAGCACCACAGGCCGAGCGUUUCAGAUUACCAACGACGCCGGCCCAUUAGCCUGGAAAUACAAAGGCGAAGUUGUGUACGACAUGGCCACGUCCUCAAAAUUGGUAGUAGCACUGCAACUCGGCAUCAUUGGGCCAACCAUGCAUGCCGCUUUGGCAGCUCGGUUGGCGCUCGUUCCGCUAACGGUGUACUCUGUUCGAUACCGGGAGAGUCUGUGCUGUCGGGUGUGGAUUUUGGAGGCACUUUUUGCGCUGGAUGAUGAGGGAUAUCUUGAUAAUAAGAAGGGGGUGCGGGAGAUUGAGCAGGAGGCGAGACAGUCUGCAAUUCUGAACAAGAGUCGCCAGACUAGGUCUGUUGUUAGAAGUAGUGGGUUUGUUAGUUGA